CUGCAAUGUAGCCUUUCGCUUAACCAUACCAACAAAAAGAAACACAGAUUUGGCGAAAGGCUUAACCUUUGGGAGGCGUCAAAAGGCUCGAAAUUUCGACAUUUGCCCUCAAACUCUCUCCUCCUUCAUAUCUCAUUAGCGCCAUUGUCAGAUUUGCAUCAAAAACCCAUCUUUUCAUUCUCACCUAAUUUUGAGCCUUAAUCGAAAUUUCGACGAUGCCAUCGUUUUCUUCGUCCCUCUCCCGCCCAUCCUAUUGCUCCCGCACCUCGUCUCCAUUCUUGUCGAAUCACUCUUCGCUCAUCAAUGGUGACCCACGACGGUCACUCUCAUUCCUCCCCGCUUCUCCUCAGGGUUUAAAUCUAGAUGAGCUCUGUGUUAGAUCGCAGAGGAAGUCCGUUCAGAGCUCCGUCGCCGCGCGAGAUGGCGCAUCAGCUACGAAGUCAAUUCCGGCUGAUGAACUGAUAGGAGGACUUUUAUCGAUUCCUUCACAAGAAGCAGCCAAGGUUGCAACAGAGCCUCAUGGCGGCGGAGACAAGUCAACGGUUAGUAUCACGGUGGUUGGAGCCUCUGGUGAUCUCGCCAAGAAGAAAAUCUUCCCAGCUCUUUUCGCACUUUACUAUGAAGGCUGUCUCCCUGAGCAUUUUACAAUAUACGGCUAUGCGAGGAGUAAGAUGACAGAUGGUGAACUUAGAGACAUGGUCAGCAAAACACUGACUUGUAGAAUCGAUAAGAGGGCAAACUGCGGUGAAAAGAUGGAAGAGUUUCUCAAGAGAUGUUUUUACCAUACGGGUCAGUAUGAUUCUCAGGAACACUUUGUUGCAUUGGACAAGAAGCUCAAGGAGCAUGAGGGUGGAAGAUGCUCGAAUCGCCUCUUUUAUCUUUCAAUCCCUCCAAAUAUCUUUGUGGACGCGGUGAAAUGUGCAAGCUCAUCUGCUUCAUCUGUCAAUGGAUGGACUAGGGUCAUUGUCGAGAAACCUUUUGGCCGAGAUUCCAAAACCUCGGCUGCUUUAACAAAGUCCCUUAAGCAGUACCUGAAGGAAGACCAAAUAUUUAGGAUAGACCAUUACUUAGGAAAGGAGCUCGUUGAGAACCUGUCCGUACUUCGGUUCUCAAAUCUUAUAUUUGAACCGCUAUGGUCGAGGCAAUAUAUACAGAACGUGCAAUUUAUAUUUUCUGAGAAUUUCGGCACUGAAGGACGUGGAGGGUACUUCGACCAUUACGGAAUAAUACGAGAUAUAAUGCAGAAUCAUCUGCUUCAGAUAUUAGCUCUUUUCGCCAUGGAGACACCUGUUAGUUUGGAUGCAGAGGAUAUCAGAAAUGAAAAGGUAAAGGUUCUACGUUCAAUGAGGCCAAUAGAACUUGAGGAUGUGGUGGUAGGACAGUACAAGAGCACCACGAAAGGAGGAGUCACAUAUCCAGGCUAUACCGAUGAUAAAACCGUGCCAAAAGAUAGCCUGACCCCGACAUUUGCAGCUGCUGCACUCUUCAUCGACAACGCAAGAUGGGACGGCGUACCGUUUCUAAUGAAAGCUGGGAAGGCACUACACACCCGGAGUGCGGAGAUAAGGGUGCAGUUCAGGCAUGUGCCUGGGAAUUUAUACAACCGUAGCUCUGGUACGAAUCAUGACCGGACCACAAAUGAGCUUGUGAUCCGCGUCCAACCAGAUGAAGGCAUCUAUUUGAAAAUCAACAACAAGGUCCCUGGUCUAGGAAUGAGAUUAGAUCAGAGUAACUUGAAUCUUCUUUACUCAGCAAGGUAUUCAAAGGAGAUUCCAGAUGCAUAUGAGAGGCUUCUGCUGGAUGCAAUCGAAGGCGAACGCAGGUUGUUCAUAAGAAGUGACGAACUUGACGCUGCUUGGGCGCUUUUCACUCCAUUGCUUAAAGAGAUAGAAGAAAAGAAGACAAUCCCAGAGUCCUAUCCUUACGGAAGUCGUGGUCCUGUCGGUGCCCACUAUCUAGCCGCAAGACACAAUGUCCAGUGGGGAGACCUAAGUGACCAGUGAAAGACUUGAAAAAACCGGUCAACCUUUGUCGUUCAUAGAUCCACGUCUGAGAUUUCUCAUUCAUAGACCAUGGAAGCUUUAUUAAUUUGGGUUUUCUUUCGUUUACGGGUUAGAUAGAAGUGGGUUAUGUAACUUUGAAUAAUAAGGAAAGGUUUCUCUUUCUACCUUCUUGUUCCCACCAGUUUCGAAUUUACACAAUGAGUUUGAAGUAGCAAAUGAAGGAAACAAAACAAAAAACCACAGAAAAAAAGAAAGCCUCUUCUAAAGAUUUGAGCAACAUGAUUCUCUCUGCAUCACAGUCAAAAAAGAAAAGAAAAUAAAUAAAGAAUACAGUAUAUAAGUUAAAGCCUCUGCUCUUGAUCUUGGAUAUCACCUGAAGCACCUUCUGGCCAUUCGAGGAACUUAUAAUUUAGAAGAGACGAAGGCAGAUAUGUCUGAGCAGCCGCAGAAGAAGGGUCAUUAGGAGGAUAAAUAUACUCUUUCCCAUAGCCAAGUUCCUUCAUCAGCUUAGUCGGAGCGUUCCUCAGGUGAAGAGGCACCCCUUCGUUCUGUCCAACCGAGUCCUUCACGACCUUCCUUGCGGUUUCUAUCGCUCGGUAAACAGCAAUGGACUUAGGAGCCAGUGCUAAGUAAGCGGUGCACUGUGCAAGAACCACAUUGCAUUCAGGCAUACCCAAGAAAUGCGAAGCCUGAUAGCACGCAACCGCCUGUGUAAGAGCAGAAGGGUCUGCAAGUCCAACGUCCUCGCUCGCAAACCUUAUAAGCCUCCUCGCGAUGUAAAGCGGCUCUUCACCACCUUCGAGCAUCCUAGCGAGCCAGUAGAUCGCAGCAUUAGCAUCUCCUCCUCGCAUAGACUUGUGAAGCGCGCUUAUAAGGUUGUAAUGCUGCUCCCCUGCCUUGUCAUAGGCCAAAUGUUUGCUCUGAAGAGCCUCCUUCGCAUCAUCAAGAGACACAACAACAACAACAACACCAGAUCCGGCUCGAGCGGUAGCCAUGGUGGCUGAGAUUUCCAAGGCGUUCAACGCCACGCGUGCGUCACCGUCACAGUUGUUAGCCAAGAACUCAAGGACGGAAUCGUUAACCUCAACGCUAUUGGAGAGUCCUCUAUCGGAAUCAUCAACAGCUCGUCUAAGAAGGGUCUCAACAUGAUUAGGUUUCAAUGGGUUGAGAGUAAGAACUCUACAGCGAGAGAGCAGAGGAGUGAUCAAGUGAAAAGAUGGGUUCUCUGUGGUGGCUCCGAUGAAGAGGAUACUGCCAUCUUCAAUGACGGGCAAGAAGGAAUCUUGCUGUGACUUGUUGAACCGAUGAACUUCAUCCAUAAACAACACAGUCCUCUUUUUACCUUCUAGGUUAAGCUUCUUGGCACUUUCGACUGCAUCUCUAACAUCCUUCACGCCGCUAGUAACUGCAGACAAGGAGACGAAGCGAUACUGAGAAGGGUCCUUGCAGGAAUUGAUGAGAGAUUUGGCGAUUGAGGUCUUGCCGGUGCCAGGCGGACCCCAGAAGAUGAUGGAAGGGAGGCGAUUGCACUCGACGGCGGAGCGGAGGAGAGAAGCAGGAGAGAGGAGAUGGUCUUGACCUACGACGUCGUCGAGAGUGCGAGGACGCAUACGCUCCGAUAGCGGCUGGUGUUGGCGGUGGCUGGAUGAUGACAGCUUGACGCGCUUGUUGGGAUCAUCACCGACGAUGGGAUUUAGGGUUUUGGAAUUGGGGCGGAGGAAGCGGUCGAGUUUGGGCUGCGACGUGGCGGCGGUGCUUUGGUGGGGAGAGCGGUGGGAGAGAAUCCAAUCGGUGGCUUUCUGGAUGGAAUCUCCGCCGGUGGCCGUUAAAGCUUCGGCGGCCAAAUCGCUGGGGAAACCCAUGCUCACUAGCUGCUCCAUCUUCCACUUCUACUGUGGGGAAACAGCAAAAGCUGCUGUGUUAGUAUAAUUAGCAGUUUAACUUUAACUUAACUUAAAAAAGAAGAAGACCAAAGCCAGACUUAAUUUUAUUAUAAAAUGUAACAUUGAUUUUGAAAAUUCAUGGAAAAGGAGUUUUCA